AUGAGCGAAGAUGACGAAGGACAGGCGGGAACACAAGUAACGAUAGAUGUAUUUCCUUCCACAACAACAACAACUACUAGCACUGUACCACCAACCCGAUCAACAACAACGGAAAAAGUUAAACCAGAAACGACCGUCACCACAGAGACUACUGCAGUAGAAUCAAUGAUCAAACCGAAACCUAGACUUCUAAAUUUGAGCGUAGAUGAAUUACAAAAUUUCGCAAAUGCACUCCACAAUCAAACUAACCAGAAAGAACCAAAGAACGUUGACCUCAGUGAUGUUAAUAUGGACGAAGAAGAUGAACUACCGAAACUUUCUGACCAUAAACAAAAACAUAUAUCAGAUAAAUUCUAUUCAAAUCUUCAAGCACCAUUCAAUCCCUUAAUGACAAUAGACAAAUCUGAAGAGGAAACGUGCAAGGAGAAUGAAAUAACAUACAAGCUCGGAGAGAAAAUGGAUAGAGGCUGCGACGAAUCAUGUGAAUGUGCCCCGGGAGGUUUAUUUGAAUGUUCGCCGAGAUGCAAACAUCCAUACAUACGACGAGGACGACGUCUCAAUGAUCCCCUGUGUUUUGAAUCGCCGGUUGACGAAUGCUGUUCUAUAGUGGCGUGCGCGAAUGGCGAAAUAAAACCAACGACUACGGAAGUCUGUCGGUACGCCAACGAGUCUUACCACGUUGGUGCGAAGUGGGAUAUUGGGUGCGAACAGAUUUGCACUUGCGAAAAAAAUUCUGUCGUGACCUGUAAACCCAGAUGUAACCGCAUGCCACAAUCGGAUAGGUGCAUCAAUGUGCAAGACCCGAAGGACGCGUGUUGUGAAAUACAAGUAUGCGAUGUUUCCCAAGACGUGCACGAGGAGCCAAUUGACAAUGGCACUGUUUCAUCCACUACUGCUAAACCUGUACACGAUGCAAUGGAAGCAAAAGCGACAAGACCCCUAGUUCUUCUCGAACCAAUUGGAUCUAUAAAGGUCCUCCAAAACAAUAGUGUCCAAGUCAAUCUAAUCCAUCCAAACGACUCAAUGGAUCCUAUACAUCUAGAACUUAGCAGCGAUGGUGGCCAAACAUACACUGACGUUGAAUUGAGAUAUAAAAACCUAAUUUUAAACCUAGAAGGUGGACGAGAUUAUAUUCUUAAAACUAAGGAAACUGGGACAAAGUUCAAUUUCACGAUAACAGCAUCUGAUGACAAUGAAGUACUUGAAGAAAGAUCAGAUAAUACAAAAGAGGGGUGUUAUCACGAUGGGCAGUUUUAUGCAGUCGGGGAAGAAAUCCACAUAGGAUGCACUGAGUUAUGUGAAUGUACGGGGCCCGAUACAAAGGAGUGUGCACCUUUGGUCUGUCCUAACCAUGUUGGGCUGGAAUUAGUGUCCAAAGGUUGCGUCCGAUGGGCGCCGAGUCCGCCCCCACAGCCGCCCAAUUGCUGCCCACGGACUGCCCGUUGUCUGAGCGACGGUACCUGUCAUUACAAAGGCGUUGCAAUACCAAACUGGAGCGAGGUUCCCCUUCAUUUGUCGGGUUGCGAACAGCGCUGCUUCUGUGAGAAUGGCGAGUUGGAUUGUCAAGAAGCCUGCAACCCUCUUCCGCCCUUGCCCCCUCAGACCCUGAGAUGCCCUCCAAUGCACCGGCCGGCACCGGUUAAUGUGUCCGACGAAGACUGCUGUAAGGAGUGGGGCUGUGCUCCGCAUGCUGGAAUGAACGCAUCGACUCAAAAACAUAAAACUUAUCUGAAAAAUAACUAUAUCACUCCAUCAACAUUGACGACACCCAGAUUCGUUUUACCCACCCCAUCACUUACCACAGAAGCAAUGAACUUCAAAAGAUUACAUUCGGCAAAUUUAGAUUUUUUUAAACACUUGCGUCCUAUAAAAACUGGAAUUCCUAAAUAUUUGAAGUCCUUAGUACCAGUUAUGCUUAACAAUACUUAUAGAGAAGCAGAUGAGCAUAAAAAUGUCACUGCCUUUACAAUGUAUGAUGUAGAUUCUGCUAAAAAUUUCAAUAACCAACCAGUAGUAGAACCAACUAAAAGUGGAGAUCAAACGUCAUAUGUAGGCCCGACAAAAAAAAUCCACUCAGAGAUCGUAGUUGCGCUCAGAGAUCAUGAUCGCAAAAAAGAGAAAACUAAUAUGUGGGAUACAAAUGAUAUUAAACAAAGAAUACCCGAUCAUUAUGUAAAUGAUGUCAAUAUUCCAACGUCUAAAGAAAAUGUUAAAUAUUUUACUCCCGCAUAUGCGCCUAAAGAUUUGCUGAUCCAGCAUCAACAGUUUAGCCAUUUAGAUUCAAGUCAAUAUUUCAGAGAUAUGUUUGCUCCUUUAAAUAAUGAAUCUGGUAUAGUUUCUAAUCCUCUUCCUAAAAACACAAUUCCUAUUGAUAUUAAUCAAAUCGAUAACAUAAUACAAAAUAGCCAAGGGAAAUAUGUAACCGUUUUACGAAAUAAAGACAUGCCAAAGACAAACUCAGUAGAAAAAACUGUAUGGAAGCCAGACAUUCGCAAGCAUUUGCUUCUCAAAGCUCCUAGUCCUUAUGAAACGGUUCUCCUUAGAGCUCUUCCUAACACAAGACUACAUUCAACAAUAAAUGAACAAAUAAAAAGUCAUAAAAGCCCUUCAAAGUAUUCUACCCUCGACCUCGAAAAUAUUUUAAGUCAGAUGGAAGUAGAGACCGAUGUGAACCGAAACCUUGGACGAUCAGCUGAAAAGAAUCGAGCGACCGCGGCAGGUCAACUGCCGCCAGGAUUUCCAGGCAGUCAUCCAGCAUUUCUCCCAACCGCGCCACCAGAUGAUAUAUUUUCAGACAACCAAAACGAUAUUCAUAGACCUUCUAAUCCUUUGGAACCUUCGUUGGCUGGUCUUCCACCUGGGUUACAAAUACCAAGUUUUGGAGAGGAAAAUAGAAAGUUAACGGUUAUUUCGUUACAAUCAGACUCGCCGACAAGUAUUAAAAUGUUGUUUGGUUUGCCUCCUGUGUUGGUUGGACUACGAGGCAGUGUGGACUUGAGAUACACAGAUACUGACGAUGAUGACGUUUCACAUUGGUAUUCUCAAGUAUUCGCACCAGCUGAUGAGAUACUGACCACUCCUCGGCUGGAGUUCCGUUUAGCUGGACUCAAACCGGAGACAACGUACAAAAUACGUGGCAAACUACUGUUACAUAAUCUGCCAGUGGAACCCGAGAGUAAAAUUUACACAAUACGAACUCAAAGUGAAUCGACAGAUGUUGAAGAACCAGAGGAGAAAAGAAGAGAUAUCGACUGUAAAUUGUCAGUGGUGGAGGUGAAUGACACUACAGCGCAAGUAACUUGGCGACACUUCACCGAGGAUGAGCUGCAAUUCAUCGAUGGAGUUCAAGUUCGGUAUCGACCAGUAGGAACUCCUAUAUACAGCAUGACUGAGCUGCUACACCACAGUCGAUCAGCAGCAUACCUUCAGGACCUGAGACCGGAGACCAGAUACGAAGCGUCCCUGGUUCUCAUUCCUCCCACAAGAGCUAUCACUGAAUUAGUUGACUCCGGGCAAGUUGAGUUCACUACGGCUCCAUAUAUUGAUCCAUACAACUGGUCCGUGACAGUCGAGGCUCGAGCUGUAGGUUCAGAAGCCGCUGAAGUCACGUGGCAUGGAGUGCCGUCUCCCGCAGAGCGUUGGGUGCGGGUGUACCGAGCAGCACACGCCUGCGGUACGAGCAGAAAAGAACACGACGACUUCAGACUCGCUACAAGGGACUUACCGCCAGCCAUCACUUUGAUGGGAUUGCAACCGAAUGCUAAGUGUCGUGUAUGGCUUGAACUAUUUUUAACAAAUGGAAAAGUUAAAACCAGCAAUGUCCUGGAAAUCAACACAAAAUCAUUAGAUUCACCUGAACCAGUCGACAAUGAAAUAGAAGCAUCAUCUAUAGCGGGGAGCCGGAAUGCCCCGCGCGGCGAUUACUACGGCGCGUUAGUGAUAGUAGGCGUUAUUGCCGCCCUUGGAGCUCUAUCUUCUGUGCUUCUACUACUUGUGGUCAUACGCAGGCAUCGACCGCACUCAGUGCCUAUAACGCCUUUGCCAACAGCACCCCGCGAGUCUUCACUCCCUCCUUACGACAAUCCUGCCUACAAACUCGAGUUGCAGCAGGAAACUAUGGGUAAAUAA